AUGAAAUUCGAUGCUUAACGAAAGGGUUUAAUGGCGACGAGAUUCGAUGUGAAGACGAUCGUCAAGGACAAGAGAUUCUGGGUCGCUUCCUUCAUCAUCGUCUGGGCUGCUGGUCUUCAGGGUCACAUGAUGUGGCUGCAGAAGCAAGAAUCUUUCAAGCAGAAAUUCGGAACAAUCGAUGAAGACGAUCACAAGUGAUUCAUGAGUUUAUAUGACUCUGAAACUGCUUCUUGUUUUUUUUGUAUUUGUGAGUCUUGAGGAUGAUUAGAUUUAUAUGAAAUUUAAUCAUACAUUACUCUGGCUACUAUGUCAAAUGGUUAUAAACAUCAAAUUCCUGA